GGCCGGUGUGGGCUGGACGCAGGCGCACUGGUGACCUGAACGGUGGGCGCGCCUGCGCAGUCACUCCUCUUCAGGCGGCGGCCAUGGCUGGGCAAGAGGAUCCAGUGCAGCGGGAGAUUCACCAGGACUGGGCGAACCGGGAAUACAUUGAGCUCAUCACCAGCAGCAUCAAGAAAAUCGCAGACUUUCUCAACUCGUUCGAUAUGUCUUGCCGUUCAAGACUCGCAACCCUAAAUGAGAAGCUGACAGCCCUGGAGCGGAGGAUAGAGUACAUUGAAGCGCGGGUGACAAAAGGUGAGACUCUCACAUAGGCCUGUGCCGCACUGCUGCUGGGAAGUGCUUUACAGAACACAGGCCAUGCGGAAAAGGCCCCAGCAGCCUCCAGCUCCUUCUUUUCACCUUCAAGAGCAACAGGGCUUUUUCUUGUUUUUCUUUUUCCAAAGGUCCAGCCUUUGGGCUCUGCCAUGUACAUCUGAGAGUGUGGUGUGGCAUGGGGAGAAGUCCGGGGUCUCCUGGACACAGCUUCUGCUUUACCUUUCCAGUAAUGCACGGAAUUACUGUCAGUGUGUCUGAGGUGUUCAGAGUCAAAAGCCUGGGCCUCUGAAGGUCCCCCACCUCUCUCUGACUCUCCUUCCAGCUCUCAUUGCCUCUGCCUCUGUCUGCUCUCUGCCUUCGGGGGAGGUUUGGAGUGGGGCGUCCUGGCUGACAUGCCAGACAUGCACAGUGGCUGCCAGAGAAUGUUGCUGACCUAACAUUUUGUUCUCGGGAGGUCCAAGUCACCCUCACUUGGCUUGAAGAGACGUUUUCAGAGUUUCCUUUCUGUCACUUGGGCUGUCUGUGCCUCUUGUAUUGCCCUAAUAAAUUCCUCAACUUGA